UGGCAGGGCGGCUUUUUCCUUCUCUGGGAAUUCCACUUCCAUAAUUGAUUGCACCUGAAAAAUGAAAUCAUUCCAUUUCGCGUAUUAAAUUAAAAAAAAAGGCCAAAGAUCAUCGCAAGGACAUCACCCUUCUUCUUCUCUCCUACUCUCUGUACAUAAAAAAGCAUCACUGUGUGCGUGCAGGUUUAAGUAUUGGAGUUUGAGGAUUGAUAGCAAAGGCGAUGGCUUGUGUGACAACUACUAGCCUCAUCUACUCCAUCUCUUGUGAUCGAAGACACGCUCCCGCUCCUCGAUUCUUGUAUAAUGUCAAGAAAUACAACAGAAUCUUGCUUAAAACAUGCAAUAGACUCUCUUCGAUGGGUGGAUUGCGAGUUUAUUGCGAAUCCAAGGUAGAGGAAAAGAAGGUGAGAAAGUGUUCCCCUUGCCUAGAAAAGGCAUUGCUUACGAGUAAAAGCAAUGGUGCCUUGGCUUCUGAUGAGUGGAUAGCAGUUCCUGACAUUUGGAGGACUUCCGCUGAGAAAUACGGUGAUCGGGUUGCACUGGUGGAUCCUUAUCAUGACCCACCAACUAAACUGACUUAUAAAGAGUUGGAGCAGGAAAUUUUGCAUUUUUCUGAAGGUUUAAGAGUUGUUGGAGUAAAGCCCAAUGAGAAACUAGCUCUUUUUGCUGAUAAUUCUUGUCGGUGGCUUGUAGCAGAUCAAGGUAUGAUGGCAAUGGGUGCAAUUAAUACUGUGAGGGGAUCAAGAUCUUCCGUUGAAGAGCUAUUACAAAUAUACAAUCACUCUGAAAGUGUUGCAAUUGUAGUGGACAGUCCUGAGUUGUUCAAUCGGAUUGCAGAAACAUUUUGUUCCAAGGCAGUUAUCAGAUUUGCCAUUCUUCUUUGGGGAGAUAAAUCAUGCCUAGCUAUCAAUGGAAUGGAUGGAAUGGAUGGAAUAUCAAUUUUCAAUUACAAAGAAAUUAUAGACUUGGGACAAGAGAGCCGUAGAGCUUUGUUUGAUUCUGAUUGUGCUGGGCAACACUACAUGUAUGAAACAAUCGGCUCAGAUGAUAUUGCUACAAUUGUUUAUACUAGUGGAACCACUGGAAAUCCGAAAGGUGUUAUGCUUACGCAUAAGAAUUUGUUGCACCAGAUAAAUAAUCUGUGGGAAGUUGUUCCUGCUUUGCCAGGAGAUAGAUUUCUAAGCAUGCUACCACCUUGGCAUGCAUAUGAGCGUGCUUGUGAGUAUUUCAUAUUGUCGCGUGGAGUUGAGCAAUCCUACACAACUGUGAGAAACUUAAGGGAAGAUCUGCGGCAUUAUCAACCACAUUACAUGAUAUCUGUUCCAUUGGUAUAUGAGACACUCUACAGGGGGAUACACAAGCAGAUUUCUACAAGCUCCACUAUUCGUAAGCUUGUUGCACUUAUGUUCAUAAAGGUCAGCUUGGCAUACAUGAAGUUGAAGAAAAUUUAUGAGGGAACUUAUUUGGCAAGGAUUCCGAAGGAACCAUCAUAUCUUGUUUCAAUGUUGGACUAUCUAUGGGCAAGAAUCAUGGCUGCAAUCUUGUUGCCAAUGCAUAUGUUCGCUGAUAAGCUUGUUUACAGAAAAAUUCGCCCUGCUAUUGGAAUAAGUAAGGCUGGCAUAAGUGGAGGUGGUAGUUUACCAUCGUAUGUUGAUGAAUUUUUUGAGGCAAUAGGUUUGAAGGUGCAGAAUGGGUAUGGUAUGACAGAGUCGUCUCCAGUUACUGCUGUUCGACGACUUACCUGCAAUGUUCUUGGCUCAAUUGGGCAUCCGAUUCGGCAUACAGAAUUUAAAAUUGUAGAUGCUGAAAGUGGUGAAACUCUUCCAGAUGGAUCAAAAGGGAUUGUGAAAGUUAAGGGGCCGCAAGUAAUGAAAGGUUACUACAAGAAUCCAAUGGCCACAAAGCAAGUGUUAGAUGAGGAUGGUUGGCUAAACACUGGUGAUAUUGGUUGGAUUGCUCCUUACCAUUCAGUAGGACGAAGCCGUUGUUGUGGAGGUGUUAUUGUCCUUCAAGGGCGAGCUAAGGAUACCAUAGUUCUUUCAACAGGUGAAAAUGUUGAGCCCUCAGAGCUUGAGGAAGCUGCUAUGAGAAGUUCUCUCAUUCAACAGAUUGUAGUUGUUGGCCAGGAUCAACGUCGUCUUGGAGCUAUAGUUGUUCCAAAUAAAGAAGAGGUACUAUUAGCUGCUAAAAAGUUGUCCAUUGUAGAUGUCAAUACCUCUGACCUGAGUAAGGAAAAGGUAGCCAGCUUGGUAGAUGAAGAACUCAGGAAAUGGACAUCUAGCUGUUCAUUUCAAAUUGGACCAAUCCUUAUUGUGGAUGAGCCUUUAACGAUUGAAGAUGGCUUGAUGACCCCAACCAUGAAAAUCCGAAGAGACACAGUCAUGGAACGAUACAGGGAGCAGAUAGCCAAUCUCUACAAAUAGAUCAUGCAAUCAAUGUAUACAGGAAACUUAUAGGAAAAAAAUAAAGUGCACUGAUAUAUAGCCAGAAGAAAAAUGAUCUCAAUUUCCAAAGUAAGUUCCCAUGAUAGUCUUGCAUUUUGAUGUAUAUACCUUCAAGUAACGUUUUGUUUUAAAUGUCAGAAGGAACAAAUCUCUGCUUGUGCUUAA